AUGAAAUUCAAUAUUACACAAAUAAAUGAAACAAUUACUUAUCAAGAAAUCAAAUGGUAUUAUUUUGUUCCAAAUUUAUCGAAUGGUACAGAAAAUGAUAUGAUUACAACUAUAAAUCUUGCUUAUAUAACCAUAGCAACUAAAUUCAAUGAGUUGCCAUGGUUACUAAGUAGAAUUAUUGAACAAAUCGAAAAACAUUUUCAUGAAUAUUUAUUCAUUAAAAAAACUAUUAAACAAUUAUUAUGGGGUUAUAAUGAUGAAUUAUUAACAUUUAUAUCAAAUUAUUUUAUGAAUAUAACAACAACUAUUGGUUUAUUCAUUAAUAAGAAUAAUACAUUCAGUGAUUCUAUCACAAUUAAUAAUGGCUUACAUAAUCAUAAACUGAUUGGUCAAAUUAUCAACUAUAAUGGAAAGGAUAAAUUAUCUUAUUGGAAAACAUCCACAGCGAAUAUGAUUAAUGGUAGUGAUGGUUCAUUAUUUCAUACCUUUUUAACUAUAAAUGAUAAUCCUUAUAUAUUUGCAUCAGAUAUAUGUCGUUCUAUACAAUUUACUACAGAUUCCAUAGUGAAAUUAAAUCAUUUACCAGUAAUAAAAUUUAUUCCUAUGUUAGAUACAUUUAAAUCACCGAAAUAUUAUGAAAAAAAUAAAGGAUUUUGUUUAGAUUGGCCUAAUUGUUAUGAUGAUGGUGUAUUAGAUAUGUCAUCAUGUCAACCUGGUAUACCAAUUGCUGUAUCACAACCACAUUUUCUUAAUGCUAAUCAAUCCUAUCAGAAUGCUAUUGAUGGAUUAUAUCCAACAGAUGAGCUCAAUACAAUGAUUUAUAUAGAACCAAAUACUGGUUAUGUAAUUAAAGCGGAAAAAAAACUUCAAAUGAAUAUCUUCAUUAAAAAUAAUCCAAAUUUUCAACAACUUGAAAAUAUUUCCAACAUUUUAUUACCAAUUAUGUUUAUUAAUGAAUCGAUUGAAUUAAAUCAUACAGUAAUCAAUCAAUUAUAUAAUAUAAUAAUACAAAACCCAUACAUAGCAACAAUUAUAUUAUUGAUUAUGAUUACAUCAUUUAUAUUGAUUAUAGGUUUUAUUAUUUUAUUAUAUUUUUACCAAACUAAUAGAAAUCCCCCUGUGUAUACACGGUAUAUUAAUGAUGAAGAUAAUACUAAUAAUAAUCAAGAAUAUAUACAAACGAAUAGUACUCCUAUAGAGAAUAUACAAAAUAAGGAAGAGGAAGAAGAAGAAGGAGGAGGAGAAGAAGAGGAAGAAGAGGAACAACAACAACAACGAGAAGAGAAACGAAUAACAAUAGAGAAUAAUCAAGAAAAUCUUGUAGUUUAAUUCAUUUAUUUUAAUGAUAUUCUAAAUAUACUUGAAUGAAGCACAGGAUAAACUUGAUUGUUUAAAUGUUAUAUAUGUAUACAUCGAUAUAUAUUUGUUUGAUGAUUUCAAUUAGUCUAUCUUGAAGAAGUUGAAACCAUUUCUGAUGGAUAGAAUGAACAAAAUCCUGUA